AUGGCACCCAAAACUGACCUUCCCGAUUUCAAUGGAUUCAUUAAUAAAGGACGUGAGCGCCGUAAGGAUGAGCUUCUAGCCAAUAAGUUUUUGGGCAAGAAUCGUCGGGUGAGUGCGCCAGGAGCAACGAACAAUCGCAAGCCGGGCACUGGUCCCUCACUUGCCAGCAGAAUGGGCGUUGGAAAGCGUGGCACGGCUGUGUCCAAACCUGCACCUAGGCAAAAUUCCACUCCUGCUGUCGGAAACGUUGAUGCGGAAUGGACACAUGAUUUACAUUCCUUAAACAAUCCAGGCGCUCCUCGAGCCUCUCAAAUCCCUCCCCGAGGCCCAAGAAAUAUCAAUUUGCGAACUCGCAACGAUCGACUUGUGAAUGCUUUAAAUGGUUCUGCAUCAACACCAAACUUGAACGCUCAAUAUAACAUCGUAGGAAAGUCGAAGCCGGCUACUGGAAGUUUGUCUAUCAAGGGACUUGCCGGGCCAUAUAUUGUGAUGGCAGAGAACUUCGCGCGAGGCACUUCUGUGCAAGAUAUCGAAACGGCCAUGACACCAGUUGGCGGAGCUCCAUUGAGCUGUCGCAUUAUUUCUGACUAUCCAAGAGUCAUUGCAGAAAUCAUUUUUGAUACAAAGGAUGGGGCUGACAAUGUUAUUGAUACAUUCAACAAUCAAGAGGCGGACGGUAACCUACUUUACGUUUACAACAAGUCUGGAGCUAUUACGCAAACACCUAAACUCUCUAAUCAACGCGCCGCAGCUCGUUUGAGCGUCCCUACUGGCCCAAAGGCUAACCGUGUCGAACGUACUUCAGGAUCCGACAUUUACGAUUCACGACACGACAGUUCGCGAAGUUCUCGGAAGGAUAUUAUUGAUGGUUCGUACGGAUUUGACGAUCGAAUGGACACGGAUGACCGGGAUGGUGGCAGUCAUAAUAACGGCAGGACCCAAGGCCUCUACAGCGACAGUCUUGUAGGAGGACGUACCAACAACAGCAAUAAUCGCAAUGGCAACAACUGGAACGCUGGGCGAGGAAAUGAUAGAAACCGCAGCUACAGAUGA